AUGGGGAGGACAAUUCAUCUUUCUGGGUUCCCUUCUAAUGUGACUGUGAAAGAGGUUAAGACAUUUCUAGAGGGUCACACUGGCACUGGAACUGUUUAUGUGCUUAAAAUUGGGCAAGUCAAGAAUCAAAGGCAAGAUAAGAAGACAUUUGCUUAUGCUAAUGUGCAAUUCACAACUACUAACAGUGCUGAACUUAUAACCUCUUUGGUUAAUGGGCACUUGAAGUAUGGAAAUUCUAUUCUUAAGGUUUGGGAUGAACGCGAUAUAGUUACCGAGCCAAGGCUUUCGAUUCUCACUUUGGAGCAUACAAGAUUGCAUUUUGGUUGUCAAGUUUCAGGUGACCAAUUCUCUGUUCUCUACAGAGGGAAGGAUGUUGUGGUGAAAUUUGGAUUUGAAAUGGAGAAAAUAUACUUCUUCCUGUCUUAUUGUGGUGUAGAAUAUAAACUUGAACUCUUUUAUGAGGACAUAAGGAAAAUCCAGCUUCGUUGUCCAAAUGAUCAACAGAGACAAAAGUUUAUACUACUUCAGGUGCUUGGUGUUCCUCGGAUCUAUAAGAAACCUGUAUCCUCUUCUGAGCUUAUGUUUGAUCCCAAUUUAAACUAUUUUAAGGAUGGUUCAGAUUAUCUGUGGGAUAGAGCAACAGAUUUUACUCGUUCAUGUGGUAUUGGACAAUCUUCUGCCAUGUGUUUGGAGCUUCCAUACAGCUCUGCACUUCCAGAUUUUAAAAAAUACUUUGUCAACUAUGAAGAAGAUAUAGGUCAGUUCAUCGUGAAGACUGGAUCAUCAUUUUCCAAUAAUUUGGAUCUAGUCCCUAUUGUUGGACCUCCUGAUGUUCCUGAGUUGCACAGAUUCCCAUUUGAAAUCCUGUUUAAGGUUUGUUCCUUGGUUCAGAAUGGAUGCCUUGCAGGGCCAACACUUGAUGCCAAUUUUUUCAAGUUGGUUCACCCUUCUUUUGUUCCAGUUAACUACAUAGAGCAUGCUUUGGAGAAAAUGUAUCAUUUAAAAGAAUGCUGUUAUGAACCUAUUGAGUGGCUCCGUGAGCAAUAUGAAAGAUACCACAGAUCCAAUGGUAUUCCUAGUUCCCCUGCAAUUUCCUUGAAUGCCGGCUUGGUAUAUGUUCGCAGGGUUCAAAUAACCCCUAGUAAAGUGUACUUUCGGGGUCCAGAGCUUAAUCUUUCAAAUCAUGUGCUACGUAACUACCCUAAGUACAUUGAUAAUUUCAUUCGUGUAACUUUUGUUGAUGAGAAUUUGGAUCAAAUGCGUUCAACAGAUUUAUCUCCACAUAAGUUUUCUACCAGCGAAGAAAGGCAUACUGGAAUUUAUAACAGGAUACUUUCUACUUUAAGAAAUGGCAUAGUUAUUGGAGAAAAGAGGUUUGAUUUUCUUGCCUUCUCAACAAGUCAGAUGCGUGGUAGUUCUACAUGGAUGUUUGCUAAAACAGAUGAUGGGCUUACGGCAGCAAAGAUCAGAGAAUGGAUGGGUGAUUUUCGUAAAAUAAGAAAUGUGGCAAAAUAUGCUGCUAGAUUGGGUCAAUCUUUCAGCUCUUCCAAGGAAAGUCUUCAAAUUUAUAAACAUGAAUUUGAAAUUAUCCCUGAUAUAGAGCUGGAAAGAGGACAGAUGAAGUAUGUUUUCUCAGAUGGUAUUGGUAAAAUUUCUGCCGAUUUUGCAAGGAAAGUUGCAAUGAAGUGUGACUUAAAAAGUUCUACUCCAUCUGCCUUUCAAAUAAGAUAUGGUGGUUACAAGGGUGUUGUGGCUGUAGAUCCUACGUCUGCAAUGAAAUUAUCCUUGAGAAAGAGCAUGUGUAAGUAUGAAUCACAGAACACAAAACUAGGUGUUCUGACAUGGAGCAAGUAUCAGCCUUGUUUCCUCAAUCGUCAGAUAAUCACUCUUUUAUCAACACUUGGAGUCAAAGAUCAUAUUUUUCAAGAGAAGCAAAGGCAGGCUAUAGAGGAACUGGAUGCUAUUCUAACCCAUCCAUUAAAGGCACAGAAAGUAUUAGAGCUGAUGUUUCCAGGUGAAAACAGUAAUGUUCUCAAGGAAAUGUUGAUGUGUGGCUAUAAGCCUAGUGCUGAACCAUUCCUUUCAAUGAUGCUACAAGCAAUCCGAGCAGAAAAGCUUGAAGAACUGCGAACAAAGACAAGGGUAUUUGUUCCAUAUGGAAGAUCAUUGAUGGGAUGUCUGGAUGAAACUCGAACCUUGGAAUAUGGGCAAGUAUUUGUCCAAGUUUCUAGCAUUGGGCAUAAACAGUUUCAUGAUAAUUCCCUUUUUAAGUUUGGCAGAAAUGAAUCAGACCAGCAAAAAUGUAUUGUUAAGGGAAAGGUAAUUGUUGCUAAAAACCCAUGCUUGCAUCCUGGUGAUGUGCGUGUUUUGUGUGCCAUUGAUGUCCCAGCAUUGCACCAUAUGGUGGAUUGCGUUGUUUUCCCACAAAAAGGAGCAAGACCACACCCAGAUGAAUGUUCAGGGAGUGAUUUAGAUGGAGAUAUAUAUUUUGUAAGUUGGGACCCUGCACUUAUUCCACCUCGUCAAAUCGAACCCAUGGACUAUCUUGCAGCACUACCUUCUUACCAGGACCAUGACGUUACGAUUGAGGAAGUUGAAGAGUAUUUCACAAACUACAUUUUCAAUGAAAGGCUUGGAAUGAUUGCAAAUGCUCACAAAGUGUUUGCUGAUAAGGAACCAAACAAGGCAGAAAACAAAAAAUGUUUAGAGCUUGCAAGGCUACACUCAAUUGCCGUCGAUUUCCCAAAGACCGGUGUACCAGCAGAAAUUCCAGGUCAUCUACAUGUCAAGGAAUAUCCAGAUUUCAUGGAAAAACUUGACAAACCAACCUAUGAAUCGCCGGGAGUGAUUGGAAAACUAUAUAGAGAGAUAAAAGACAAAUCAUCAGACACAGACACGUCUUUUAUAAGAUUUACUCGGGAGGUGGCAAGAAGAUCUUAUGACACUGACAUGGAGGUUGAUGGCUUUGAGAAUUACAUCAAUGAUGCUUACCAAUACAAAGGUGAGUAUGAUUCUAAAUUGGGAAACCUAAUGGAUUAUUAUGGGAUCAAAAAUGAGGCAGAGAUCCUCAGUGGUAGUAUCACAAAGAUGGCGAAACCAUUCACUAAGAAAUGGGAUGUAGAGGCAAUCAGAUUGGCAGUUAAGUCUUUAAAGGAGGAGGCAAGGAGAAGGUUUAAUGAGGGACUUGGGGAAGAUUCAUCUCCUGAUGAGGUAAAUGCUAAGGCAUCAGCUUGGUAUCAUGUAACAUAUCAUCCUGAUUAUUGGGGACGCCACAGUGAGGGAAUGAAUAGGGAUCAUUUCCUGAGUCUUCCAUGGUGCAUCUAUGACAAGCUUAUAGAGGUCAAGAAGGAGAAGCAGCAUCAGAAGAAGGUCACAUCAUUUAUCAUUGCUGGAAUGCCAAUUUGCAGAUGGUUUCAGAAUCAGUUGAUUCGGUUAAUUAAAUUACUGAUGUUGCUUGUUUUGUUGUAUGUUUUGACUGGGAAAAACUAUUUAGAUGUGUAAAAAUUUAGGGUUUGACAGAAAUACUGAAUGUAAUGUAAACAGGGAGGCUUGAUCAAACUAUGGUGAUUCUAGUUG